CAAAACUCUUUGCAGAAAAGAAUGGAGGAUUUCUUAUCUAAGGAUUCCGAGGUGUUUCAAUAUAAUUAUGGUCGAGUCAAUGGGAUAUGUCCUGAACGAGUAUCAUCUUUUUCGAGUUCAUUUCCAAAGAAAUCCACAAAUUUAGAUACUGACCAUCAUCAUUUGAGUUUUGAUAUGGAAAUUCUAACAAGAUGGAUACCUAGAGAUUUUUUAAAGAUGCUAGUGCCAAUUCUUUACUUCCAAGAUAUACAAAAAAAAAAUUUUGAAAAAAAAGCUGAUACUCUUUCGGCCAAAGCAGUUCCCACGGCUCAAGAAUUGAACUUAUGUCAUAAAUUGAGAGGCCAUGGUUACUGGAAGAGAAAUGGGUUCUGGUACUGUACUACUAAAGAUUUGGAUUUGAACUAUCGUGAUGAAUAUGGACCAAAGUUUUUCUCCAGUUAUAAUUCUUUCGUUGCUUGGGAAUCCCAAAUUCAAAGUAAAAUUUACGAAGCUAAAUUAGAAGAAAAUUGGGAUAUGGUUCUGAAACUACGUCAAGCUAAGAAAUCAGUAUCUUAAAUUGCUAUUCUCCUUGUCACUUAUUUAUUUAUUCUCUAACUUUUAUUUAUAUUGCAUUGACUUCCAGUCACUCUAAACUUUUGCAUUUUUUAUUUCUCC